GCAUUGGUAUAUGCUUAAAUUCUUGACUGUUUUUUGCGAAACAACAAUAUUGAAGAAGGUUGAAAGUCUACAAAUCGUAUCAGUUGGUUUCUAAUGCUCAACAUUUAUUGCUGAAUCAAGAAAGUCUCAUCAAUUAAAGAUUGUAAAAAUACAGACCCUUCGUCUAUUGGAGAUUCCUAAGCCGGCGAAAAGUCUACAAGUCUCGGAAAAAACUUUAAGUUCACAAAAAGUUGAAAAACUUUUCACAUUGCUAAUAAAAUGCCCUAAAUUUACUUGAUUUUAUUAAAAGUGCUAUUAAUCAGUUCAGUUUAUCAUGUUUUAUCCAUUGACUUUUCAACAAAAUGAUCAUCAAAAUGAGCAACAAGGACAUUCGAUUCAGAUACCAUUGCCCUUGCAUCUUGACACUUCCAACCGUACAAAUCACGUUCCUUUAAACAGCACAGUUGCCGUGUCAGCGGCUGAUAGCCGAUCAAUGAUACUCUCACUCGAGAACAACGUUAACGUUGUAUCAAACAUCAUAAGGGAUUCGGAAAACUUGGUGAAAAUCAAGUGCGGUCAGUGCCGAAAGCGUUUUGAUACUAACGAGGAAAUGGUAGCUCAUCAGGCAAAACACUUGACCGAAAGCAAGUACAAGUGUGAACUGUGUGGAAAGCAUUUUCCAAGCCAGAGUAGUGUGUGGAAACACACUAAAGCGCAUUCUGGAGAACGGCCUUUUGUAUGCUCCAUUUGCAACAAAGCGUUUACGCAGUUGGCAAAUUUGCAGCGCCAUAAUUUGGUACAUAAUGGUUUGAAACCAUACAAGUGUCCCAGUUGCCAAAAGGCAUUUUCACAACAUGCCAAUAUGGUGAAGCAUCAAAUGUUGCAUACUGGUGAAAAGCCUUUUAAGUGCAAAAAUUGUGAUAAGGCAUUUGCACAGAGAGCAAAUUUGAAGAAGCAUGAAAUGAUUCAUUUGGGAAUUCGUCCUUAUGGCUGCAACAUUUGCUUGAAGUCUUAUUCACAGCAAUCGAAUUUGAAGAAGCAUAUUUUGACUCAUCAAAAGAAGAAUGGAAAGAAUGGUAAGAACGGAGCGAUCGCGGUUUUGCCACCUACCUCAACUGCCAACUACGUUAUUUAUCAGUGCAACAUUUGCAAGCAAGAACUGUCCGACAUUAGUGACUUCAACAAGCACAUUAAAGUGUGCAAUUUGAAUCCUAUGAAUAAUCCUCACUUGCAACAUCAUUGUAAUGGUAAUGGUACUGCUACUUUGACGGUAAUUGAGCCUAAGAAAGAGUCAAUUGAGAUUAAAACAGAGACUAUGGAUGAAGGCUCAAAUAACACUCAUACGCCGCCAGUGAUGCAACAUAUUCAUCACCAUAUGCAACAGCACACUCAACACAACCAUCAGCAACCUCAGGCAUCACUUGCCGCCGCUCAUCAUCAGAUUUUGACAACUAAUGGACACAUCAUUACAAAUUUCUUAGAUUUAAACAAUCAUCAUUUGCAUCAUAUUGAUUAUGGAAAGCAUUAAGCUGAUGCUUAAAGCUUGAAAAAAACGAAAACAAAUGGGCUAUCAGGUGCGUGCACAUAUUUGCUCGCCAUACAAAUGCGAAAUUUGUAGCAAUGUUUCUUUUUUUUUCAUUGUUUUUAACUGUUUUGAUUAUUCAAUCAAUGUACACACACACCACACAUGUACACAAACAAUCACACCUCAAUUAAUCGUCUUCAAAUCCAAAUAUAUGUGUGGUACGUUCGGAAAAUAAAAAAAAAUGAAAAGAAAGAAAUGAAAUGAAAAGCUUGGAUAAGUGUGAUUAAAAUUUACGCAAAAACACAUAAGAAGAGGAUAAAAAACGAAAUUAAAUUUAAUUUUUUGAUUAAAUCAACUUUAUAACUGAAUAUCUAUUAUCCAUUUUUUUUAAUAAUAAUAUUUUAUAAUUUAGUAUCGUAACUCUCAAUAGAAUUGUUCAAUAUUAUUUUGGACAUACAUACAUUUGAUGAUGUUGUUGAUGAUAAUGAUGAUGAAAGUUAGGGACUGCUGUAUGACAAGUAUCUCUAAUUUUAACUUUUUCUUAUGGUUUAAAUUCUUAUUCUAGUUAUUCUUCAUUUGCUUAAAUACAUAAUUAAAAAACGCAUCAAGAAACAUCACACGAUGUUUGAACAACAACAACUAUUAAGACACUUAAAGUGUGUCAUAAUCGUUUCUUUUUUAAUUUCUUUUAUUUUAUUAUUAAAUAAAUUACAAAUGAAAUGUUUGUUCCUUAUCAGUAAAUGAAAUCAAAUCAAAAGAAAUUAGUAAUGAGUAUGAAAUCGAUGAUAUGAUGAAAAAUAAUUAUGCUUAGUCCGUUAAAAGUUGAAUGUUUAACAGUGUUUUGACUACAAUUGAUCUCCAAAAUUGAGUUAAUGACUGAAUAGAUUGUCAUAUAAUGAAACAGUCAGCAUCCUUAGGAUUUUUAAGAGCCAGAUAGGCUUUUACUGAAUUUUGAAAGAUUCAUUGAGAGUCAAGAUGCUUGUUAUUCAUCAAUUUUGCUACUUGUUUUAAUAAUUCAAUCCGUUUAACGUGAUUUGUUUUCGUAAGAGCUCAUUUUGUCAUAAUCAAUUUCUUUUUUUUAUACGAAGUCGUUUUUUAUUAAGAAAGUGAGAGAGAAAGAUGAUUAAUCAAUUAAUUUUAAGAUGGGAAUUGUGAUUAUUUGGUAUUAGAAAUUUGAUAAGAAUUUUUUUUAUUUUGUUUGUUUUUAUAAGACAAAAGAAAGGAAGAAAAAAUUAUUGUGUUACUUUUUGGCUGAUAAACAAAGAUUAAAAUUGUUAAAUAGAGAAAAAAAUUUAGGCGAUUUGUUCAAAUUGAAGAAAAAAAAUUUAAUUAAUGAUAAUGCAACAGAAAAAAAAUUGUUUUUCCUGUCUUAUUGAGGAGUGCAGAGGAGUGCAGAAAUAAUGUGAAAGAUUGGAAAAGAAAGAAUGGAAAUGACUCGGAUAAUUCACAAAAAUGAGAAAUUGAAAUUAAUUAAUUAAUAAAAUAAAUUGCUACAUUACACAAAACAAGAAAAAAUCUACCUUCAAGAAAUUGUUAUUGACUUAAAAAUUUGAAAACAUAAAAAAUUAUAUGAAAAAGAUAAAAAAAAUAUAUUUGCUUAAUAACUUUACCCUCUCAAGAUUUAUUAAAAAUAAUUGAGAUGAAAAUUAUACGCAGAUCGUGAAUAAAGGGGAACAAAUGUUGGAAUAUUUAAAACUAUGAAGAAAGAUAUCAUUAAGAGGGAGGAAAGAUAAUUGAUAACAUUUAUUCCUCUACGUCACUGAUCUGAUCCAUGAAUGUCUUGCACCUAAAUUGAAUGCGGGACUCUAAAUUGAAUAAAAUAAGAAAAUUUAAAAUUUCAAGUAUUUUAUGUUUGUUGAAAGCAAAUGAAAGAAAAAAAAAAUAUAAAAAUUCUUAAAAUUAUUACGCAAAACUUAAAUACUGAGAAGAAAAAAAAAUAUAUUGAUAAUUAACUGUUCAUGAUAAGAAGACACGACGAAAGGAAUGACAGUGUAGAGGAGCGCAGCGAUAAAACUUGAUAUCCAAGUUGUUGACACAGGCAGCUUGUGCUCCUCCCGGUUAAUUUUCGAAACAUUAAUUUUGUACGGUGAAAAUGAUUAGGAAAACAAAUUACAAGGUCAACAUAAAUCAAUUUGAUUGAUUGGAAGAAAAAUUUAUGAACUACAUGAAAAGAAAAAAAUCUCAAAAUUAUAUUAUUACAGAAAAUAUGAUAAUAUAAAUAAAAUGAAAACUUUAAUA